AUGCGUCCUCGUCGGCAACAUCACCAGAAUCCCUGCAACGAUUCUCAAAGUAUAGUGUUUGAAGAUGAAGGACUUGUGCCACUCCACGGAAAGUCUAGCCUGCAGAAUGCGAACGACGACAACAACGAAAAUACCCCGGCUAUCUACACGAAAGAGCAUGGCACUUCCCCAGACAAGCAGCAAAUUUAUAUCUCCCACUUGAGUGAUGAUUUGUUCAAUAAUGUCCGAUUGGCGCGACCUACUGAUGAAAUAUUGGAAAGAAUCCAUAAUGUUCUUCCACGUCUUCUGAAAGGCGACCUUGAAAAUGAACAAAACGAGGCAGACACUGGACUAGAGACCUCCGGCAACGUCCCAGGGGAAGAUGGUGACAAAAAGAUCCCUGAAAUAGCGAUCUACAGGAAGUUCAUUUCUAAUAGCCAAGCGUACAAAUGGUUACUUGGAAGCAUUCAGAGGGAGAUUGCCUUGAAUCCAGCGGACCCCAAUGCCCAGGAUGCUAUUCGCGCACAAAUUCUGGAAUUUAUACCAUUAAUUUGGACAACGGGUCAACAUGAUCAUCCAAAGAUAUACCAGACAACAUUCACUAUCAACUGGAAUCCUGUAGCCUUCGUCACAGAGCAGGGAUAUGACCAAGACAACGAUGGUUAUCUCGGAAAGAUGAUCACAAUUACAGGGUCACGCAUCGAUGCCCAAGCGAUGACUUCUUUGCAAUAUAUUCAUCAGACGUGGCAUUCGUACGGAGCCAAAAUUAUUCAUAUAGUUGAAGCCACACUUAUCAGUGAACAGGGCUGCGAAUACAGAUACACUUUUCCAGAUAAGACCCAAAUUGGAGCAUGGAUAGAUGGGAACAAAUUCUUUGCCAAAGUUACUGGCAUAAACGAAUCAAUUGCAGAGAUUGGAGAACAACUUGCAUGGCUGGCUUCGGCUCUCCGUUCGUCUCUCCAUGACUCUAAGUUAUCGUACUGCACACCAUUUAUCAGCAGCACUACCGUUGAGAGCAUCUCAAUAUCAACCCAGCAGGCUUCAUUGAUCACAAAAGCUUCAUUCGUUAUUGAUUUCCGGCUUGAAGCUGAAAAGGAUGAUAGUCCUUCUUCCGUAGGACAGUGCUGGCAUCACUUGUUUCGAAACCCAAUCGUGGUGAAGGGGUUUCCAAUUGCGCGUCGGUCCAGACAUGGAACUGGGCUCGAGAUUCCACUCAACCUCUUAGCAGGUCUAGUCCACGCAGAGAAUGCAGAGGUCUUCAACGGUAAGAUUUUCAUAAAGGGGUUCUCUACUCUCCUAUUACCCACAGAGUACAUGCGGGAUGAAGAUCAAAUCACAUGGCACCUCCUAUACAACGCUAAAGGGGAGCGCAUCUCUUACCUGGAUGGCAUUGAAGGUCAUGCGGAAAAUAUCACACUGUCUGCAUUAGGAACCAGUCGUCACAUUCUCGGUUGGUGCUUAGACGCAAAAUGCUACGCUGGGUCAAGUGAGGCCGGCUACUCUAUUGAAAGGUCUCGGCUACGGUCCCCGUCGUCUCAAUGCAGCUUUGCCAACACCGUUAUUUCAGCAGGCAAGCCAAUCACUGGUGGUGAUGAAGUCAUUUACGGCAACAAAGAUGUUCCAUUUAGAAUUACACGGAGCGGCUACUUUGAAAAGCUGUAUUGGAUCAACAAACAGUACGUUGUGAUGUGGGAUGUGGGAGCAAAACGGGGUUGGCUAGUGAAUGGAGCCUGCGCUCUGUUGCAUCUUCUUCUGGCUUCAGUCCAUUCUAACAGGACUGAUUCACUUUGUUCUAUAUUCCGGCUAGAUGUGGCAAGCAUCAGGGGCCCCGAGAAGUCAUUUACUCCUCAUUCUGCGAUGGAAGUAUUGUUGAACCCCGAUAACCUAUGUCUGGAACUCUACGAUGCACAGGAGGGUGAACCGGGGGAAGCAAUGAUUCCAGCUGUCCGAAUUCGACAUAGAGUCGACCGUCUGUAUAGCAUGCUUGAGAAAAUGAUGGAUCAUCAAGCAGAGGUCAUGAGAGGAGGCAGCGAAGAACUAUGGAGUAUGCCUCGGGGCAACCUUGAAGGGUGGGAUUUCAAAGAUUUGGCGACGAAUGAAGACCCCCUGUAUCCUCGACAUUGUAAGUUACGAACCAAAGCAAAAAGCUGGGUUGAUUUGGCCAGAGCCAUUCGAGCGAUUACAUUGUUUGGGAGCGGAUUUGGUGAAAUUAUUCAACCGGUUCCCACUAGCAACUCUUGCCCGCAUUGGAACAAAUUACCUGAAGGAAAGUCCUACCUUGCUAUCAGUGAUGGAGAUCUUGCAAACAUCAUUGAUCGAUAUGGAGAUCCAACCAGCAGCCCGGUGAGGCUGACCAAUCAAUUGAUCUGGUACAAAGCAGAAAGUGUACCUCAAGCUUGCGAAUGCACUGUCGACCCGCACAGUACACAACAAUGCGAAUUAGCACAAGUCAUAUUGCCUGCACAAUUCAAAAAGAGGAUGCCAAGGCAACCCAAGCUAAGUCGAGCUCAAGUGAAAAGUGGGGGGAGUGGUGCACUGGUUUUCGGCUACAACAAGGACCUGCCAUGGUCCUGGAGUGACAUCGGAUUCCCCAUGCAUGAAGAGACCUUUACGUCUUCAGAUGACUCGGAACCUGACGAUUUCCCCGAUUCGGGACUUGGAACAAGCAUGGUGCACCCUACCACAAACGAUGGGAACUCUGAAGAAACGCCUCCAUUAGGAUCACAGUCUGAUGGUCUCACUCAUGAGGACUAUGAAGUAGGAAUUGUUUGUGCACUAUCGAAAGAACUUUUUGCCGUGCGCGCCUUGUUCGAUUUACCUCAUCCCGACCUCGAAAAAGAUGAGAACGAUCCAAACUGCUAUUGCCUUGGCCGGAUCAAAAAAUUCAAUGUGGUUGCUGCUGGCCUUCCACACGAUGACUAUGGCACAAAUUCCGCCACCAAUGUCGCCUCUCAUUUGAUCCGGACCUUUCCGCGAGUCAAAUUCUGUCUGUUAGUCGGUAUUGGAGGCGGAGUCCCUUCUGCGACUCAAGAUAUUCGCCUCGGUGACAUAGUCGUUGGCACGGGCGUAAUACAGGUCGACAUGGGAAAGCUGAUUUCGGAUUCCGAGUUUCAGAGGACGGGAGAGAAACAAAAGCCACCCUCAUUCCUGCGAGCAGUCAUUACGAAGAUUCAGUCUGAUUGCUUCGUCACUUUCAACUCAGCCUCCAACCCACUGCUCGACGAUCUUGGUUUGAUUGCCUCAAGAAGGCAAGAAUAUGAAUACCCAGGCGCUGAUAGGGACACACUAUUUAUCUCGGAGUAUCUUCAUCGAAAAGGCCGGUCGGAUUGUCAUAAUUGCACCCUCGUAAUAGAGCGGCAAGAUCGACUCCAUAAAGGCCCACACGUUUUCUAUGGUCUCAUAGCAUCUGGCAAUCAGGUCGUCCGGGAUGCAAGCCACCGGGACCGUCUGGGCAAAGAGGACGUGAUCUGCCUCGAGAUGGAGGCAGCUGGAGUCGUGAGAACAACUACUGACUGCCUCGUCAUCCGUGGUAUCUGCGAUUAUUCUGACUCGCAUAAGAACAAGUUGUGGCAGGAAUACGCCGCUGCUACAGCAGCUGCGUAUGCCAAAUUUUUCCUCUCUCACAUGCCUGACAGAGGUGGUAAUGGGUCAAUAAGAGUUCCAUCACAGCUAGAGACGCCAAUGGGGCCGUUACACUUGCAGAAGCAGAAGAGGCCUGCACCAGCGGAAGAGUACCAGCCUUCGGUUGUCAAGAGAAUCCGAAGGGAUUGA